AUGGGUAAUGGUGGGAUAAUGGACAGGAUCAUAUUCUAUGAGGACCGUAACUUCCAGGGUCGCUCCUAUGAGACCAGCAACGACUGCCCCGAGCUCACCUCCUACUUGAGCAGGUGUAACUCCUGCAGGGUGGAGAGCGGCCUCUUCAUGGUCUACGAGAAGCCCAACUUCAUGGGCCAUCAGAUGCUGGUGAGGAGGGGCGAGUAUCCGGACAACCAGCGCCUGAUGGGAAUGAGCAUGAGCGACUGCAUCAGGUCCAGUCGCAUGAUCCCCAUGCACAGGGGACCCUUCCGGAUGAGGAUCUACGAAAGGGAGAACUUCGGAGGCCAGAUGCACGAGCUGUCGGACGACUGCGACAACAUGAUGGACCGUUUCCGGAUGUCUGACUGCCAGUCCUGCAACGUGAUGGACGGCCACUGGCUGAUGUUCGAGCAGCCCAACUACAGAGGCAGGAUGCUGUACCUCAGGCCAGGGGAGUACAGGAACCUCAGAGACAUGGGGAUGAGCAACAUGACGAGGUUCAGCUCCAUCAGGCGCAUCAUGGACUCCUGUUAA